CUGUCGUUUGUAAAAUCUAAGGAAGCUAUCUUCCCGCCCAGUCUUUCUUUCUCUAACGGUUACUAUAUAAAGAGUGACCGUUGCUCACGUUAUUUAUUCAUUCUCCGUUCGCUGACAUAUCGUGAUGGCUCGUACUAAGCAAACUGCUCGUAAAUCCACCGGUGGAAAGGCUCCACGUAAGCAACUGGCUACCAAGGCAGCCAGGAAAAGUGCCCCAGCUACUGGCGGUGUGAAAAAACCUCAUCGUUACAGGCCCGGUACCGUUGCUCUUCGUGAAAUCAGACGUUACCAAAAAUCCACCGAACUUCUCAUCAGGAAGCUUCCUUUCCAGAGACUUGUUCGUGAAAUCGCUCAGGACUUCAAGACUGAUCUUCGUUUCCAGAGUUCUGCUGUGAUGGCUCUUCAAGAAGCUAGCGAAGCUUACUUGGUUGGUCUUUUCGAAGAUACCAACUUGUGUGCUAUCCACGCUAAGAGAGUGACCAUCAUGCCCAAGGACAUCCAGCUUGCCCGUCGUAUCCGUGGCGAGAGAGCUUAA